ACAACCCUUGGAGAUCAGCUGUAUCGCACGCCACGCCGGGGGAGCAGAAGCUUUUUCCUCGUACUCGUGGAAAUCAAUAAUUUCGACGUUAUUUCGGACGAAUAGAAUGGCUCGGAUAUCGUUGUUGCUCAUCGGAGCCACUGUGAUGGCCCUCUUGAGCUCCGGGAAUGGGGAGCUUUAUACAGCCUUGGUUGAUAUGGAGGAGUUGCUGGAAACGGAAUCCGUUCUGAUCGACACUCUUCAUGGCUAUAUUCUGGCUCAAGAGCACCGAUUGGCGACUCUCAGGAGAAACGUUGAAGAUUAUUCAAGAGAACAUGAAGAAGCAUCGCGCAAUAUUCAGCAGUACUUGUCGAAUCCAAUCAACGCGUAUUUAUUAGUGAAAAGAUUGACAACUGACUGGAAGAGAGUAGAGGAAUUAAUUUCAGAAGAUGUUGGCAAUGCCUUUGUAGCAAAUAUCACCAGUUCAAGAAGCGACCUGAAAUUCCCGACGGACGAGGACCUUAAUGGUGCUGCGGUGGCAUUAAUGAGGUUACAAGAUACUUACAAGCUGGAAACAGCACAGGUUGCAAGAGGUGUCCUCAAUGGCGUUCAAUACAGCACGGGACUAUCAGCUGGUGAUUGUUUCGAACUUGGCAGACAGUCUUACAAUAAUGGCGACUAUUAUCACACCGUUCUGUGGAUGCAAGAGGCCAUGGAUCGUCUCCAAGAAGAGCAAAACAAGACAACUACUUCCAAGCAAGAUAUCCUGGAGUACUUGGCAUUCUCCACCUACAUGCAAGGAAACGUUGCUCGUGCUCUUAGUAUGACAAAUGAACUUUUGGAAUUGGUACCGACUCAUCAAAGAGCUCUUGGAAAUCGAGCUUAUUAUCAAGAAGAAAUUGAGAAGAAAUCUAGUCAAGUCAGGAAAAAACGGGGCGAAGAUGGCCAAGAUGACGUCAAUCAAGUAGACCAACCAUUCACCGUUGCGGAGAAAAAAAUCAAAACUCUGAAAGAAAUGACUGAGAGAGAAAGAUACGAAAUGCUCUGUCGUGGGGAAAUUUCUCUGCCUGCAAAUAUAAAAAAAAAAUUGAAAUGUCGAUAUGUUGAUCGCGGUAUUCCAUUUUUGAAGUUAGCACCUUUCAAAGAAGAGGAAGCCUAUCUGGAUCCAAGAAUUGUUAUAUACCACGAUGUGAUCUACGACGAGGAAAUCGAGACCAUCAAAAGAUUGGCACAGCCCAGGUUGAUCAAUCGAUCGGGAACUUACCCUCGCGAAAUCAAAGUGUGGCUCAUAAUGGCCUCCGAUUCCGUAAUUAACGACCUGAAGUUCCUCUGCGGUGUCGACAGUCAAACUCGUCAUGUGUUCCACUCGACGGCUCACAGCCUUUACGUGCUUGUGCUCGUGCUCCUGGAGCCAGGCACUCUUACUAAUUCUAUAAUGAGUGACGUUGAACAAGGAGGAGGUACAGUUUUCACCGGAAUAAAUCUUUCUUUGUGGCCUAAAAAAGGAAGCGCAGCAUUUUGGUACAAUCUCAAACCAAACGGACAUGGAAAUUUUUUGACUAGGCAUGCAGCUUGUCCAGUACUAACUGGAUCGAAAUGGGUGGCGAAUAAAUGGUUGCACGAAGUAGGUCAAGAAUUCCACAGGCCUUGUACUUUGGAAAACCAGCCAGAAGACACCGAACUCUUUAGUAGUACUUUCGUCUAAAAUAUGUUUAUCAAAAAAAAAAAAAAAAAAAAAAAA